AUGCUGUUUUUUUUCUCGUGCCACGUGCAAUCGAAAUAUUUCGCAGUGAGUGACGAAGACGUUGAAGUUGAUGGUGCAGUUUUUCCUUUAAGGUCUAAGAAACGGAAAUCUCAUGGACGUAUGAAGAACGUUGCUAAGUUAUUAAAACUACGAAGCCAUGAAACAGGCCCAAGUUGUAAUAAUUGUACUAGAUUUAAAUGUUUUGAAAAUGUCACCGAAGGAGGGAGGUUGCAAAUAAUUAAACAGUUUAAUGAACUUAAAGAUCAUUAUGAACAAAAUUUGUAUCUGGGUGGCUUAAUUUCACAUGCCCCCGUUAAACGACACCGAAGUAGAAAGAAUAAUGAUGAAGAUGUUGAAUAUCACUCAUAUUCGUACAUAUACAAAAUUCGUGUUCAACGAGAUAAUACAGCUAUAGUGCCAAUAUAUUAUAAAGCUAUGCUUUCUAUGCAUGGAAUAUCUGCGAAACGGCUUCAGAAUAUCCAGCAGCAGUUAACCACUUUUGGACAUGUUAAACACGAUGGGCGAGGUCAACAUUCCAAUCGAAAAAAUCGUCUCCCAGAUGAAAUAUCCACUGCCGUUUUUGACCAUAUUGCUUCGUUUAAAGGCCGAAAAUCACAUUACAGUCUCCAUGACUCCCAACGUGUAUAUUUACUGGAAGAUCUUAACGUGAAAAAGAUGUUCAACAUGUUUUUGCAACAAAAUCCUGAGAAAAAGGUGUCCUACGAGACUUACAGAACUAUAUUUGUAACUAAAUUCAACAUACGUUUUGGCUAUCCACAAACGGAUACUUGCAGUGCCUUUGAUGAGCACAAGGCCAAGAAAAUGAGCAUCGAAAACGAUCCUUUACAAAAAGCGCUUUUAUCUCGUUUGGAAACAGAACAUAAACUGCAUCUUCUAAAAGCUGAAACGUUUUAUAAAAGAAAGAGAGCAGCCCGUUUAAAUUCUCAAAAAAGUACAGAAAAAGAGGCAAUAGCAAUUGAUUUUCAAAAAAAAUUGCCAGUACCCAAUAUCAGCACUAAUGAUGUAUAUUAUAAACGCCAACUUUCUUUUUAUUAUAAUACUAUAAUAUUAUAA